UAUUAUAGUCGCAUAGUGCAGUAUUUCACGCAUGUCUUCAGAGCUUUUAAAAAUUAUCUCAUUACUUACUUCUUUCCCCUUGUAUAGGAAGAACAAAAUAAUUUAUGGCGAACCAUUUGGCAUUUAGCAAUUUGCACACAUAUAUACAUAUAUUAUAUGCACACAACAGAUACGAGGGAUAAAUGCGGUACUAUAUAGGCCCCGGUAGAGUUUACAUUUUUCCGGUUCUUUUUUUUUUUAAUUGAUCGUUUGCGUAACGUUAUAAUAUGCGCCGACCCCGCGAGAUGGUGUGCCUCCACGGUCAGUUGUAGACGUAUAAUAAUAAUAUUAUUAUAUAGGAAACGACGAGAGGGAGCGCGGGCCGGCCGGAGACGUUCUCUAGCAUUGUGUCCAAAACAGUGCGAACCGCGAGACUACGUUCGGUAUCGUUGCAUGUUGUUUUCGGUAACGAUAAUGUAUAAGGUAAUAUAAUAAUAAAUAGUUUAUUAUGCAGACAUAUCGUUCGUAGAUCAAGUUUACACGAGAUGGAAAUCAAUUAUAAUUAGGACCAUACCACACAAGCAGUUUUUUUAAAUUAAAUUUUUGUUUUGAGGUCAAAAUCGACUUUACUCCAAUAAUUUUUAAACAUUUGUUCCUCUAUACCCACUGAAUAUGUGAUAAAGUUUUCGCUGUUUCAAUUAUAUUUGAAAACAAAAUGUCUGUCGGUUUUCUGCGAUGGACAAAAACCACGACGGUUUGGUUUUUCAUGAUCAGUUUAACUUAUUCAUCGUCUGUCAAAAAAGAUAUAACAUGUUAUGUGUGUUCACCAAAUUCAAUUUCUGAUAACACAGAAGCUUCGGAAAUCUCUAUUACUUUUUCAAAUUAUGACAUUGAAACAAUACCAACUUGUGGUUCAAAUGCUGCACUCAAUUUUACAUUAAAAUGUCCAGAAGGAUACAGAGGAUGUCUAACUAAAACUUAUGGUAAAAGUAUACUGAAAUCUUGCAAUGAGUAUCCCAUUACUGAUUGUAAAAUAGCAAAUAAUGUGAAGUAUUGUUUUUGUGCUAAAACUUUAUGCAAUAAUGCAACAAUUUUAACUCCAGUUCCAAUUUCCUCAGAUGAUGAAGAUUUAGACCAAUCAGCAGAAAAUGGAAGCGGGUUAUUUGAUGAUUUGACACAAUUAGAUAAACAUAAAUAUACCAACAAAAUUAUUAACACUACUGUAAUAUUAGAUACAUCUACAAAAAAUAAUUCAUUUGCAAAGGCAUCAGCUGAUAAAUUGGUACUGCCUAGGCGUACUUAUAUUUUAAGUUUAUUAUUCAUAAUCCAUAAAGCUAUAUAGUAUUUAUAGUCUUUUUAAAAUAGUCACAUACAACAUUGCAGAGAAUAGUGAUAUUUUUUCAUAAAACCAUGCAAUAUGAAUGUAUAUUUUUUAUACUUUAAACGAAAAUGGUUAACGUUCCUUGUAAUUUUUAAAUUCUGAAUGAAACAAUAAAAAUAAUGAACUACACUUAACUUAUAUUCAACAGAUACAUUUUGAAUAUGUUUACUCUUUCAUUAUUGUUAUGAACAAAUUUAAAUUUUACAAUCAAUAUAAUCUAUACUUGUAUUGUUAUAUACCUUUGAUCUAUACUUUUAAAAGUAAGGAUAGUACCAAACAACUGGUCUAAGUAUUUAGUCCAGUUUUGUAUGAAUGUAUUAAUCUGUAAAUAGUACAUGUUUAUAAAUAUAGAUGAUAUAAUAUAGGUAAUAAAAUUGUUCCUACAUAUAAUAUUUA